UGAGGGGACGUCAUCAGACAGGAGUUUUAUUUUGACAGGUCAGACAGGAAGUGGUGCGAGUGGAGUGAGGACGGAGGAUGUUUCUGUUCUCAGAUCAGCUGAGUCUCUGAUGGGACGACAUGGACGAGCUGCUGCUGACGAGCAGAGCUGCAGCCCAGACCGGUUUCCAUGGCAACCAGAGGGUCCACGUCGUCCUGGGCAGCGAGUCAUGUGACCUGGACUCAGUGGCGUCAUCGCUGGCGAUGGCCUACUUCCUGUCCAGGACGUCCUCAGGUCUUCCAGGUCGUUCUCUGGUUCUUCCCGUUCUCAACAUUCCCCGGUCGCAGUUCCACCUGAGAGCCGACAUCCUCCUGUUGCUGAUGGAGGCCGGCAUCGCCACGGAGACCCUGGUGUUCAGAGACCAGGUGGACCUGGCUUGUCUCCACAGCAACAGGAGGCUGGACCUGACCCUGGUGGACCACAACGUCCUGCCAAGUACCGACCGUGACCUGGAGGGGGCAGUAGCAGAGGUCAUCGACCACCACCGGCUGGAGAGGACCGCCUCCUUCUCCUGUCCUGUUACCGUGGAGACGGUGGCAUCCUGCGCCACCUUGGUGACAGAGCGGAUUCUGUCCAGAGCCCCGGAGAUCCUGGACCGACAGCUGGCUUUACUGCUGUAUGGUGUGAUGGUGGUAGACUGUGUGGUCGGUAAAGUGACCGUUAAAGAUGGUCACAUGAUCCACCUGCUGCAGACUCAGUUCCCUGACCUGCCACAGAGAGGCGCUCUUCACAACGCUCUGCACACAGCAAAGUUUGACCUGUCAGGUUUCACCACAGAGGAGAUUCUCCUGAACAACAUGAAGACUGUUGCCGGGGGCGAUGUGAGAGUAGCCGUUAGCAUCGUCUACAUGAGUCUGGACUGGUUCCUUCAGAGGAAGAACCUGCAGCAGGAGCUCCGCGACUUCUGCCAAUCGCACCGUCUGGACGCAGUGGUCGCCAUGACAAUAUCCUUCAACGACCAAUCAGACGAGCCCGUCAGGCAGGUCGCGGUCUACAGCUCCAACCUUCUGUACGGGCAGGAGAUUAGCCACGCCCUCUUCAAGUCCUGUAGCCCCGCCCUCUGCCUGUCUCCAGCCACCAGCCCAUAUAAGGACAUCCUGUCUUAUCACCAGGGCAACGCUCUGGCCUCUCGCAGAGCAGUCCUUCCUGUCCUCACACACUUCCUGUCUGACUGGUGGCAGAGAGAGAUGCAUUGUGGGGCAGAUGGCGAGGACCUGGACGACCAGUUCAACCAAUCAGACGUCAUGAUCUCUGACACGUUUUCCGUCAACAAAGAGUCAGCUGACCUCUCCGACGCCGGCUGGCUGCCCCACGUUUACUCCGCCUGCCGUCACCACCGGCGGCGGCUGCAGUUUGGAGCAGAGGAUUAUGGGAGCGUAGAGGAGGAUUAUGGAGGCAGGAUGAUGCCGCCGCCGCCGAUGAACAGUUUGGUGGACGGCUGCCCGCUGGAUGGAGGCUUCAACCAGGAGGCUUUACUGGAGAAAUUCAGCAGGAUGGGAGGGGGGGAGGAGGAGCAGGUGGGGAGGGGGAACUAG